CUUCUACCUAAAGCCAGAUACCGAACUGAACUGAAUAAACAACAAGCUAUUGUUUAGGGAAUAUUCGAAACGGAAAAACAUUGCACGAUAAUCGUUUGUGUAAAGUGAAAAUAAUCGAUGUUAAACUAAUCGAAGUGAUAUCGCCUAUCCGUACUGAUCCACACUUCAAGUGGACAAAUACAAAAAGUGUGUUCUGUUCAUUCGGAAACGUGAAUAAAAUAUUCCAUACUAAGUAUAUUUGUGAUUUUUAAAUUCAUACAACGGAUGUUACUAGUUUAUGUGCCAAAUUUUUACAUAGCCAAUGUUCUACAUAUUCUCAAUUUUUGCACACGGUAAUGUAAUGCUGAAAACUAACCUAAUAUAACAAUCUUAAGCAUUGGGUGUUUUUAUACUGUAUAAAACAUGAAUCUCCUACCGAAAACACAUGAAGAAUUCAGUCAUGCAGAGUACUGGAACACGUUUUUCAAAAAACGUGGUAAAAAAGCCUUUGAAUGGUAUAGAAGUUGUUCUGGUAUGGUGAAUACCCAGAACUGUGUGAGAUACUUUUAAAAUAUAUCAAAAUCAAGGAUGACAUUUUAAUUGUUGGUUGUGGAAAUUCUACACUGAGUAUGUCACUGUAUGAUGUUGGUUAUAGAAAUAUCAUCAAUAUUGAUAUAUCACAUAUUGUCAUUAAACAAAUGCAAGACAUAAAUAAUGGAGCAAGACCAGACUUGGUAUAUGAACACAUGGAUGCUACGCAAAUGUCAUAUCCUAAUGAAAAAUUUAGUGUAGUUCUGGACAAGGGUACAUUAGAUGCUUUAAUGCCAGACAGCAAAGAGGCCACAGUAUCAACAGUGGAUAGAUAUUUUAAGGAAAUCACACGAGUGUUACGCAAUGGUGGCAGAUAUAUCUGCAUAUCGUUGCUCCAGGAGCACAUUCUUCGAAAGCUCUUGUCUUAUUUUCCCACUUCAGGUUUCAUGUUUCGUAUAUCACGAUGCCAUGAGGCAGAAUCGAAGGCACGAAUGGAGGAAGGCAGUUCGGUUCCAGUUUUUGUGGUUAUCGCUACAAAAUUCACUAAAUUAUUACAGACUGUUCUCGAGGUAGCGUUGGUCGACGGCCCGCCUGAAAGAUUGUCUUCUAUGGACAACAUGAUCUCAGCCAUAUUGUCUGCGCAACAGUCCGUGCUCAUUUGCAACAGUCUUCAUAAAAGAAGCGUCGCUGAUGUUGGCGAGAUAUCGUUGGACUUGCAUCGGCCGGGAGACAAGUAUCCACGUUAUACUGUCUAUGUUCUUGAUCAACCACGCGCACGUGGAGCGAAAACAUACGGAGCUUUCUUAGUCCCACAGGGAAAAGAGACGGACUGGUUAUUCAGUACGAAGGAAGGACGACAGCAGGUUUUGAAGAGCGCGCAGCGAGACAGGCUCGCGAUCGUCACCUUACGCAGAGAGCACAAAUUCGAGAAAUGGGAUGCUUUGAAAGCUGAGUUGGAGGAUUGCGUCCGCAAUCUAGCACCGGCCGGUUUAUGCGGCAAGACCAAUAUUCCCUUUCUCUCCUUGGGAUCCGAUGUUGGAGAUGGAACUACUUGUUAUGAGGGAAAGAGCGACAUCAGUGGGCCAUUCGUAGUUGAAGAGGUGAAGAAAGACGGUCACGAGUUCAGGCGGCUUCUGUUCUUAAAUAAUCCGUACGUCAUUCAGAGUGAGGCUAGGUUGAAGCAAGCGAAAUCCAGACGUGGCAAGAUGAAAAAGGUCGCUGAUCCUGGAUUUUUAGCUUGCGAACAUCACAUUCACAUGAGCGUUGGUGUGAACGCAGUGAUAGAUACCAAAGAGCCGGAAGAGAUUAUGAUUAUAGGGCUCGGGGGUGGCGGGCUCUGCAUGUUCUUGCAUCAAUGUUUUCCCAAGCUGAGAAUUACUGCAGUUGAAAUCGACAAUGCGAUGCUGAAAGUGGCCACCGAGUACUUCAAUCUCGUUCUCGACGAUAGGAUGAAAGUGGAGAUCGCGGAUGGGAUCCGGUUUAUCAAAGAUGCCGCGACACACGAGAAAAAAUACAAGGCUAUACUCUUCGAUAUCGAUAGCAAAGAUACCACUGUUGGAAUGAGUUGUCCGCCCAAGCAGUUUCUCGAGAUGUCAGUGCUGAAAGCGGUCGCGAUGUGUUUGACGAGAAACGGCAUUUUUAUCUUGAACCUGGUCAGCAGGGACAAGAGCUUGAAACAGAAAGCGAAGGACGAUCUGAAGUCGGUGUUUCAGUCGAUUGCAUGUUACGCCAUUCAGGACAAAGUAAAUGAGAUCGUCAUAUGUUCCAUGGAGAAGAGUGAUCCAAAAGAAUGGGCGAAUAGACUGAAAGUCGCCAUUACCGACUUAAGCAAACAAGCAACUGCGAGAAAAUUGUCCUCUUUCAGAGAAGCCUUCGACGUCUCCGCAUUUUUGGAAAGUCUGUCUGCGGAGUCCUGAUCGUUCUGUAUAAAUGCCGUAAUAAAUAAUGAAAAUUACAAA